AUGAUCUCCCUCGACGUGCUGGCGACCGUCUUAUCGGUGAUAUCGACGGUCUCCUGGAUCAUGGCACAGGUGCCGCAGCAGUAUGAGAACUACAGAAACAAGAGCACCGACGGGAUCAGUGUUCAGUUUCUUGUUCUCUGGUUUUUCGGCGAUCUCACCAGCUUUGUCGGCUGCUAUCUGACCAAUCAGCUCCCGUUCCAGCUCUACCUCUCGUCGUACUUUCUGUUCAACGACCUGGUGCUGCUGUAUCAGUUUUUGCACUAUGGGGGCCGUUUGAGGGCCCAUUCCAUGGCAGCCAUGCUGCUUGUGCUAUGGUCGAGAUUUGUCCCUGUGCGGGCCGCCGACACCGCCUCAGCCACUGAGCACUCGUCAAUCGGCACCGCUGUUGCGUGGGGCUGUAUCUUUAUCUACCUCUCGUCCCGCGUACCGCAACUGAUAAAGAAUUACCAUAGAAAGUCGGUCCAGGGCAUCUCUCCUCUGCUGUUUGCGUUUGCGCUCAUGGGCAACCUCACGUACUCGCUCUCGAUCGUGUGCAACGCAGGGGCCCUCGCGGCUGGCGAAAGAGAACCGUUUCUCAGGACAGAGCUGCCCUACAUCCUUGGUAGCAGCGGAACGGUUUUAUUUGAUAUACUAUACUUCUACCAACGCUGGCUGUACGUGCGGCCGCACACAUACCUGGUGCUCGUGGAGGAGUGA